AUGUCGCAAACGUACAAGAUAUCAACGGGCCGUGGUGGUGCAGGCAAUAUAACCACGUCUAAGGAUCGGCCCUCUCCUAAGCUUAUCCCACAGGGAUCUCAAACUCCUAACAUCCUAUCCCCGGUCUUUAGCACUGGAAGAGGCGGAGCGGGGAAUAUGCGCAAGAACGUGGAUUCUAAGAUGACUCGAAGGGCUCAGGACGUGGAAAUUUCUGAGAGCGAGGAUAAAAUUGACGGCGUGGAUGAAAUAACACCACACUUCUCCGGGGAAGGUUUGAAUACUGUCCAAAGUUCCGGGCUCAAGCCUAAAAAAAGUAGACAUGAACCUCCAAAAAGCGUGGCCAUAGGCAGAGGUGGUGCAGGUAACAUAUUAUCACCUACCGCAAGCAAGAAGAGUCACACCAGUAGUAAAGGGAAGAAAGAUGCCAAAAAAACUGGGGUUUGGGGUAAAGUGAAAAAGCUCUUUUCAUAG